ACGGCCUCCUAUCGUGAAUGGCCCAAUGCCAGCGCGGCCACUGGUUGCACUCCUGGAUGGACGAGAUUGCACUGUGGAGAUGCCCAUCUUGAAGGAUGUUGCUACAGUGGCGUUUUGUGAUGCUCAGUCAACUCAGGAAAUCCAUGAAAAGGUGCUGAAUGAGGCAGUAGGAGCUCUGAUGUAUCACACCAUUACGCUUUCUCGUCAGGAUCUGGAGAAAUUCAAAGCCCUCAGGGUCAUUGUGCGUAUUGGCAGUGGCUAUGACAAUGUUGACAUCAAAUCUGCUGCAGAAUUAGGCAUUGCAGUUUGCAACAUCCCUUCCUCCUCAGUAGAGGAGACUGCUGACUCUACCCUCUGCCACAUCUUGAACCUCUAUCGCCGUGUUACUUGGCUACAUCAGGCUAUGCGGGAAGGGAAUCGAGCCUCGAGUGUAGAACAGAUUCGAGAGGUGGCUGGAGGCGCUGUGCGUAUCCGUGGGGAGACUUUGGGCAUCAUUGGACUCGGCCGAGUUGGACAGGCAGUGGCUCUGCGAGCCAAGUCCUUUGGCUUCAACGUGAUUUUCUAUGAUCCCUAUCUGCCGGAUGGAGUGGAGCGAUCCUUGGGUUUACAACGAGUAGGAACCCUGCAGGAUCUACUAAUGCACAGCGAUUGCAUCACAUUGCACUGCAGCCUGAAUGAACAUAACCAUCACCUCAUCAAUGACUUCACUAUUAAACAGAUGCGCCAGGGCUGCUUCUUAGUGAACACAGCCCGGGGAGGGCUGGUAGAUGAGAAAGCAUUAGCGCAAGCCUUGAAAGAGGGGAGAAUCAGAGGAACAGCAUUGGAUGUGCAUGAGUCUGAGCCUUUCAGCUUUGCUCAGGGGCCCUUAAAAGAUGCACCCAAUGUGAUCUGCACCCCUCACACUGCCUGGUACAGUGAGCAGGCUUCCAUUGAAUCCAGAGAAGAUGCAGCUAAAGAGAUUCGCAGAGCCAUUACAGGCCACAUACCUGAUGCUUUGAGGAACUGUGUUAAUAAGGAGUACUUGCUGUUAGCAGCUCAGUGGUCCAGUAUUGAUCCUGCAACUGUCCAUCCAGAACUCAACGGAGCUGCGGCUUACAGGUUUCCUCCAGGAGUAGUGGGAGUAGCCACCCCUGGGCUACCAGAACCGCCAGCAGUGGAAGGGAUUGUAGCUCAUGGGAUCCCAUCUGUUUCUCACUCAGCACCGCGUACCCCUUCCCCAGGAGAGACGAGCAAACUGGAUGCAGACAGAGAGAUUCCUGUAAAUUGGAUCUUCCACACAAUCACUCCCUGGAUCAGCGAUUCUCACAAAUGGCUUGCUUUGGAUUCUGGAGCACUGACCAUCAAUCAAGGCUGUGAAGGUGGCAGACUGGAGAAGAAGCCACCUUCCACGCUGGUGCUGCACGCCUUGCAAUAUCCAGCACCAUGCUCGGGAGAUGCGAUACGGGAAAUGCUGGCCUGCUUUGUCAUGGCAAUUUCAGUCUUGGAGCUGGUGGAAUGGGAAGGGGAUAUAGGACCACUUGGAAUCUUCCACAUGGUGGUUAAAAGCUCCUCAAUUUCUGUGAUAAGUUCAGAUUUUGAACGUGGCGUUAACGAGAGGCCAGGCCUGCCGCGAGAAGGCCGCCUGCUGCGGCUCCCGCCCGCUGACCGGCUCCGCUGCCCCGCUGCGGGGCAUGUUCCUCCGGGCGGCCCCUCAGCUGCGCGACUGCUCCGCUUCCCGCCGCCGCCGCCCCUCACGGCUCCCGGCGGCCGCCGGGCGCGGGGCAUUGUGGGGCAGAGGAAGAGGGGGGACUGCGCGAGCGAGGUGCAUGCUGGGAUCGGGGCGGGCGGCGCUCGGAGGCCCAGCGCGGGGCAGUCGCUUGCUCGGUGUCUCGGGGCGUCGGCGGUGACCGAAUUCCAACUUUGGGAGGUUUCCUUGACUCCCUACAAUCUUGCCGCCUUCUUUGGCCUUGUUUUAGAACUGCAACUGGAGUUAUCAGUAGGAAGCAGUAUGCUGGUUUUAGCUUUGUAA